GUUAAAGGGGCACACGGACUGCAUGAAGAAAACUCCACGGUCAUGCAGGCAGGCAAUAUGCAUAUUGCCUUAAUUUAUUUCUGAACUGAAACCAUAACCCAUCAUUUUGCUUUAGUUUUUGUCGGUUAACUAGCCAUAUAUGAGCGAUUAGUUCCGGAUAUUUGAAUGGCUUCAAUUCCAUUGAAAAGCUAACCACCAGUUGCAACCGUCUGUCUGUCAGCUGCUUGAGCUUUUGUAAAAAUGUGAUGCGCAAUUGUACCAAUAAUUUUGGUAACAAACCGGAUAUAAUACAACCUUCAACGAAUGAGAAAUUGGUCGUAAACAAAUGAGAUGACACGACGAAUCCGAAAACAAGUUUAGGCAUGCCACCGGCAAGGACGUUAUUUCAGGUGAAGGCAGAGAAAACCUCAAGUAGCUUUUAUUACCAUAUAAACAUGGAACCAAACGGUGUUCGGGGAACAGAUAGCAAUGCGCUAGAGGAAACCCCUACAGUAACCCCGAGGAUGUCAAGACAACAGGUCCUCACACUGAUAUCAGUUGCAUCUGUAAAUUUCAGUUCAAUGAUAUGUUACUCCAUACUGGGACCUUUUUUCCCCUAUGAGGCAAAGAAGAAAGGGGCCAGUCAAACUGUUAUUGGCCUCAUUUUUGGGUGCUAUGCCUUGUGCAAUUUGAUGGGAUCUUUAAUACUGGGUAAAUAUAUUGUUCAGAUUGGUGCAAAAUUUAUGCUAGUUUCAGGUCUGUUUGUGUCAUCAGUGUGCACUAUUCUGUUUGGCUUGCUGGACAAAGUUCCUGGGACAACAACAUUUGUAGCACUGUGUUUUAUAAUAAGGUCUAUCGAUGCUCUUGGCUUUGCAGCUGCUAUGACGUCCUCCUUUGCCAUUUCAGCAAAAGUAUUCCCCAACAAUAUAGCAACUGUUUUGGGUUGUUUGGAGAUUUUCACUGGCCUUGGUCUGAUACUGGGUCCUCCUUUCGGGGGGAUGUUAUAUCAGUCGUUUGGAUACGAGCUCCCCUUCAUAAGUUUGGGCUGCGUCCUUUUUCUGAUGGUUCCAUUCAACAUGUAUAUGCUACCAGCCUUUGAUGCCGUACCCUCUACGGAUUCCUUUUUUAGGCUGUUCACCCUUCCAAAAGUUUUUCUCAUCUGUUUUGUGGUCUUCACAUUGAGCUCAGGACUAGGCUUUCUGGAUGCAACUUUGUCCAUUUUUGCCACUGAAAAGUUUAGUAUGUCCCCUGGCUACGUGGGACUCCUGCUGCUUGGGGUGUCUCUCCCCUACUGCCUGUCAUCACCUUUGCUAGGCGUUGUCAGUGACAAGUUUCCUUCCGUUAGGAAAUGGCUCAUGGUUCUGGGUGGCUUGGCUACAGCCUUGGGGUUUUGUUUACUGGGCCCCGCCCCCUUUCUUCACAUUCAGAGUCAGCUUUGGCUCUUGAUAUUUAUGCUGACUAUCAUUGGCUUCUCCCUGGGAAUGACUGGAAUACCCACCUUCCCAGAGAUCCUCAAUUGUGCAUAUGAAAAUGGAUUUGAGGAAGGCCUAAGCACGCUAGGAUUGGUUUCUGGGUUGUUUGGAGCAGUGUGGUCCAUUGGGAUGUUCUUUGGCCCGACAUUCGGUGGUUUCAUGACGCAGACUAUGAAUUUUGAGUGGGCCGCUACCGUCGAAGGAGUAAUUGGCUUUCUCGCUUCCAUUCUCUUGGGCAUAUAUUUCAUAACUGAAAGAGUCCAGACAAACAGGCCUUCUCGAGUAAUUGAUGGUGAAACCCCAGAAGAAAGUGCUCCGCUUUUAGGUCAAAGUCCAACAGACUCUGUCCAGACGCAAUACCAGUGAGGAACACCGUCAAGCAAAGAGUUGAACAAUUGCUACACUUUUUUGUUCUUAUAUAUUUUAUUCAUAUCAUUCGGUUUGUAACAAUUACUUUAAUAAGUUACAUAAUUCUUUUGAAAGGCUUUUCACAUUUCAAAUCAGCAAAUUUGAAAUGUAAACGCAAAGACAGCCUUAUUUUCCUGUCAGAUUUAAACACUACCUGUUUGAUUGAAACAAAUGACUUUAAUAAAAUAACUUAUUUUGUUAUCUUUGUUUUGCAUCAGCAUUCCUCAGUUUUAACAUUAUGUGACCUAACAGCAAUGCCCAGAGUGAAACUCAGAUUAUUUCAUAUGUAUUUGUGUCCUGUUGAACCAAGGGAUCAAGAGUAGGAUGAUGACAAUAAUAAUACUAUGCUGCCCUUUUUAUUGACAUUUCUAAAGCCUUUGAUACAGUUGACCAUUCCAUCUUAAUUGAUAGAUCAAGGGAUGUUGGUUUUGGGUCUGCAGCAGUAAACUGAUUUACAAAUUACCUUUCUAAUAGAAUCUAAUGUGUAUGUGUUGAUGGCCAUAAAUACUCUUUUCUUGAAGUAACUAAAGGAGUCCCCCAAGGCUCCAUUCUGGGUCCUGUGUUAUUUACUAUUUAUAUUAAUAAUCUUUCACAUGCUUUAAUCAACUCAAAUUGUAAUAUUAGCUUAUAUGCUGAUGAUAGUUAUUUAUUGCCAUGCCCCCCACCCUUGCCCAAGCCUUUCAAAUACUUCAGAAUGUUUUUAAUUAUAUUGAGUCAGCUCUUUUUGAUCUACAGCUGGUACUUAAUGCAGGCAACACUAACUGGCUAGUAUUUUCAGUCUCAUUCUCAGUCCAUAGAUGAAUUGAAAAUCAGCACGCUAGAUGAUAAAGGCAUUGAAAGAGAAUCUUGCUAUACCUACCCUGGGAUCUGGCUUGAUGAUAAGCUUAGUUUUAAAUUGCACAUAGAUAAAUAAUUUUUUUUUUUUAACUUAUGAAGUUAGGUUUCUACUUUAGGAAUAAAUCUUGUUUUAGUUAUAAAAUCAAGAGAUAGCUACAUUUCUGUUGGUUUUAGACUAUGGACAUGCACACUGCUUCCUCUACUUUACAUGCCUUGGAUGCUGUUUACCAUAGUGCCUUACGCUUCAUUUCAGGUGCUAAAUCAUUAACCCAUGAUUGUCUGCUAAAUAAAUGGUCUGGUUUGACUUCUUUA